AUGAAAAUUUUUUCAAAACUAGACUUAAUAUUUUUAAAAAAACUUGUUGAGAAACAUGGUCAAGAUUGGAAUAAAAUUUCAGGCAUUAUAAAAAAUAAAACGCCGUUGGAAUGUUUAAAAAAAUAUCAAGAAUUAUUACCCAACAAAUUUGAACCAAUUAUUGCUAAAAGUGAACAAAGAACAGCAUUGAGUAAAAUACCUGAUGAAGGAAUAAUAAUACCUGGCUGGACUAAGCAAGAGUUUGAGCUUGUAAAUGAGUUGUUAGAUAGGCAUGGACGUAGAUGGAGUGUAAUUCAAAAGCAUUUACCCCAUAAAACAAUCAAACAAAUUGAAUAUUUUGUAUUAAAAAAUCCUAACAGAUUUCCCGCGUUAUAUAAAUUCCCAGAAAAAAGCAUUAGGUCAAGUAGGUGGUCAAAUAGUGAAAUAGCGCUAUUAAAUGAGUUGAUAUUAAAAUAUGGACGUGAUUAUGAUGUGAUGUCAAAAUACAUUUUGGGAAGAACGCCGGAUGCCAUAUCAAGAUUUAUACCAAAACACAUAUAUGAACUACCUGCAUUGCGCGAAGUACAUCUAGCACAAAUAAUGGUGACAUCUUGUACAUGGACAGAUGAAGAAAAAAAAUUGUUAAGCGACCUUGUUGAGAAGCAUGGUCAGAAUUGGCAACGAAUAUCAGAACAUUUUCCUGGAAGAACCCCUUACGCAUGUGAAAUAAAAUAUUAUACCAUUUGGGAUGGAGUUGACAAAAACACCACAGCUUUGGUUAAACAUAGUUGGCCGAUAGAAGCGAUCAAAGCAUUUAAUAUAAUCAGAGAAAAAUGUGGCAGAUGGGAAUUAAUUCCUUUAUUAUUACCCGGAUUCUCGCCAUUACUAUGCUUCUCGCCAUACACGACUAUACCUCAUCGAUGGACAAAAUCAGACAAAAUACUAUUGAAAAACCUAAUUUCCAAAUAUGGUUUUGAUUGGUAUAAAAUAAUUCCAUUUUUUCCACAUAGAAAUUCAGCAGAAGUUCAGCAAUAUGUAGCUAAAAACAUAUCUCUUUUUCAAGACAAUGAUGACGGUGACAACAAGCUCAAGAAAAAAAUUUCAAAAGAUAAAGGUAGUGGUAAAUAUUCAACACGGUGGAAAAUUGAUAAAAUAAUAAAAUUGUUUGAAUUAAGAAAUUUGGGUAAAUCAUGGAAAGACAUUUCAAAAGUGAUGAAAGAUAGAACACCGAGUGGAUGCUAUUUAAAAUACUAUUCUGUAUUAAAAAUAUAUUCAGAAUUAGAAUUAAGUAAAAAAUGGGAUGUGAUGGAUGUUAUAAAAUUUCAAAAAUAUUAUUACAAAUAUAAUAGAAAUUGGGAAUUAAUAUCAGAACAGAUGGGCAACAAAUCAGUUAAACAAAUAAAAGAUUUUUUUACUAAUAAUAAAAAUAGAUUUCCGAAUUUCAUUACUUCCAAGUCUUUAAGGAAUAAAGAAUGGUCUGAAGAAGAGAUCAUCAAAUUGGUUGGACUUUUAAAAGAAUUUGGGACAAAUUGGAAAUUGAUUUCAAAACAUUUUGAGAAAAAGUCAAAAAUAGAAUGUAUAGAAUUUUAUAAUUCAAAUCAUGAUUCUUUGCCUCAAAUAACGAAUACAAAUGAUAUUGUUGCAUCGACAUCUGAAAAAUGGACAAAAAAAGAUGAUAAUAUGUUAAAGAGUCUACUUGAAGAACAUGGUACAGAUUAUGAUAAAAUAGCAUCAUAUUUUAUAGGUAAAUCACCAACAUCAAUUAGAACUCGAAUAAUAUCAAAUAAAAAAGAUUACCACUACAAUUUGGUCAGAUUAUGA